GGCGGAGGCGGCGUCACUUCCCGCGCUGCCUCACAUCCGCCCGGCGCGGGGAGGCGGGAGCAGGCCGGGCCCGGCAGCCCGCAGCGCCGCCCGGCUCCGGCUCCGGCUCCGGCUCCGGCUCGGGCCCGUGAGCGCGGCCCGGGGGCGGGGCCCUGUGGAUAGGAAUGGACGGACAGACGGCUGCUUUGCCAGCCUUGCCCAGCAGCGCCACAGUGCAUACGAGAGCCCCGGCAGGCAGGUUUUGACAGCCGGCGUGGCGAGCAGAGCGGGACCGGGCCAAGCCGUACCUCCUGACUUUUCUGUGGUAGACGCGAACCACUGUGUGGAUUGGGUUUUUAAGUCACGAAAGACGUUGUGCCACAGCUGCUGUCACCAUGAAUGGGCUGUCGGUGAGCGAGCUGUGCUGCCUCUUCUGUUGCCCGCCCUGCCCCAGCCGGAUAGCAGCCAAGCUGGCCUUCCUGCCCCCAGAGCCCACCUACGCCAUUGUGCCCGAGCCAGAGCCUGCGGGCAGCACCAGCACCAGCUCGCUGAGGGGCAGCACGCCGGGGCGUUGGAAGCUGCACUUGACCGACCGGGCAGAUUUCCAGUAUGCCCAGCGGGAGCUGGACACCAUUGAGGUGUUUUUAACCAAGAGCAGCCGGGGGAACCGCGUCGGCUGCAUGUACAUCCGCUGUGUGCCGGGCGCCAGGUUCACGGUGCUCUUCUCCCAUGGCAAUGCUGUGGACCUAGGCCAGAUGAGCAGCUUCUACAUUGGGCUGGGCACGCGCAUCAAUUGCAAUAUCUUCUCCUAUGACUACUCGGGCUACGGCGUCAGCACGGGGAAACCCUCAGAGAAGAACCUUUAUGCUGAUAUCGAUGCUGCCUGGCAAGCGCUGAGAACACGGUACGGGAUCAGCCCGGAGAACAUCAUCCUGUAUGGACAGAGCAUUGGCACAGUGCCCACCGUGGACCUGGCCUCGCGCUACGAGUGUGCCGCCGUCGUGCUGCACUCGCCCCUCACCUCGGGCAUGAGGGUUGCCUUCCCGGACACUAAGAAGACCUACUGCUUUGACGCCUUCCCCAACAUCGAGAAGAUUUCGAAGAUCACCUCGCCUGUCCUCAUCAUCCACGGCACCGAGGACGAGGUCAUCGACUUCUCGCACGGGCUGGCGCUAUAUGAGCGCUGCCCCAAAGCAGUGGAGCCCCUGUGGGUGGAGGGUGCGGGACACAACGACAUUGAACUGUAUAGCCAGUACCUCGAGCGCUUGCGCAAGUUCAUCUCCCAGGAGCUGGCGAGCCAACGCAACUGAGCAGCCACCUCCGCCCCAUGCUGAGCCAGGCGGGAGGGCACCAGCUCCUGGAGGUGCCAUGAGCUCAGGCAGCCUCAGCUGUGGCCCACACCGAACUGAGUAGCUGGAGAGAAGCUGCAGGUCCUUGAAUGUACAUUGUGUGUCUCAUGACGUCUUGGGCAAGUCCCAUUUGAUACAAGCACAGCGCCCUUGCUGGACCUCCCCUGCAAACUGCAUCCUGCCAACAGGGGCGCUGCAUGGGAGCCUGGGGGACAGCAGCUGUAGAGGAGUUUUCCACCCCCAUGGGUGUCUUGGGGGGCGGGGAAAAAGGACAAGGACCCAUCCCUCCAACUCCUGCCCGAGUCGUCUCCUGAGCCUGCCCUGGAGCUGGCUGGGGGUUCCUGCAGCCUCAGCCCUCGGGGAAUCACCUCCAGCUCUGACCCCAUGGUGCAGCUGUUCUGACAAUAGCAAUAAGCACUGGGCAAGCUGCAGGUAAGAGAGCAGCACAUCCCUGGCAGGAUGCCUUGCCGCUGGCUCUGAUCACUGCAUGGUACAUACACACGCCUGCUCUGUCUUACCACCUAGUGCACCCGCCUAUGCAGCCAGAGUGGAAGCUGGGCCCUUAACAAGUGAAUCAAAUGCCAGUGGGAACUGUUGGAGGGAAGGCGGAGGAUUUGCUGAGUGGCAUUUGACAGCCUUGGCUGGAAGCUCCUGUGCCUAGCACGUGGCACCUGCUGUCCUGAGAGGGCAGGACGGGUGGGGCAAGGAGAUGGCACCAUCCCUGCUCUGUGCCCCAUUUUGUGUCUGCAGAGGACUCCCUGACAGCAGGUCACCCAAGGCAGCUCCUCUGGGUGGGCGGAUCUCAUGAGUCGUUUUGAAAACAGAAAAACCAAGAGGAAUAAAGGUUUAAGAUGUAAACUUUUA